CAUACUACGCCACCAAUCCGGGUUGAUACGUUACGUUCAUUGUAGGGUAGGGUCUGUUAAUCACAGCUGAGUUAACCUCGAAUUGGUACUGGUUACAGUGUGAGGUUGAAAAAUAAUAAAAUAAGUUACUGUCAUUGUCAUUUAGUUGUUAGUAAUUGUGAUCCACUGCAAGCUAUUGGCAGAGCAGAAAAUGUCGCCUAACGUCAUUUACAACCCUGUAGUACCAUUUAUUGGACACAUUGGAGGUUAUUUAGCACCUGGUAACUUUGUUCGCAUUCAAGGAACAAUACAUCCAGGAGCACAUAGAUUUGCACUGAAUCUGCAGUGUGGUCCAAACGUAAAUCCACGAGAUGAUGUUGCCCUCCACUUCAGUCCUGAUUUCAAUCGGAGCUGCAUUAUUAGAAACAACAUCAUGGGAAUGAACUGGGGCCCUGAAGAGUGCCAAGGUCACUUCCCAUUAAUGAGAGGACAGCCCUUCGAUAUCAUGAUACUUUGUGAGCACCAUGGCUUUAAGAUUGCUGUGAACGGUCAACACUAUACUGUGUUUGAACACCGCGUCCCACACAACCGUGUGUCACACUUCGCAGUUGACGGAGACAUCACUAUCAGGUCCAUUGAAUACGGGGGAGGUCUGCUAGGGGGUACCAUGCCCAUGCCCGGAGCAAUGCCCAUGCCUGGAGCAGUACCCAUGCCUGGAGCAGUACCCAUGGGUGCUCCAAUGCCCGGGCCGAAUCCCGGAUAUCCAAUCCAGGGUAGACCUGGAGGACCUGGGUAUCCAGGAUACCCUCAAGCUACAUCUCCGUAUCCCGCAUCAAACUUCCAGCCUUAUCCUACUCAACCUCAUUCAGCUCAACCUUAUCCACCUCAACCGUAUCCCGCUCAACCUUAUCCCACUCAGCCUUAUCCUACACAAAAUCCAUCACCCUACCCAACUCAAAAUUCACAAGUUUAUCCAGGUACCCAGCCUUACAAAAAACCAUCCGUAUUAGAACAAGCAGGAAUGGCUGUUGCUGGCACAGUAAUAGGCAACAAAAUAUUAGGCAAAGUAGGAGGCCACCAUGGCGGGGGCAUGAUGGGACCAAUGAUGGCGGGGGGCCUGGCAGGAGCUGCCCUAACAGGCCAUCUCAGUCCUAAAAAGAUGAUGAAGAAGGAGAAGAAAGCUCACAAGAAAGCCUUGAAGUAUGGAUUGCCAUUGGCAGCUGCCGGGGUGGGUGCGUAUGCAUUACACAAAAUUGGUCGGCACGGGUCAUCCAGCAGUUCCAGUAGUAGUAGUAGUUCCUCCAGUAGUGGAAGUGAGGAAGAAUAAACCUAGCCGUCCUGUUCUUCUCCAGCUGAUUUCAACUUUAUAUGUAUUCCUUUCAGUCAAUAGUUCACGUCAUUAGUAACUAAAUUCUAAUCAGUCCAGUUAGUUAUUGUGCUAUGUUGUUAUUUCAAAUUUGUAUAAUCGUGGUAAGAUAAUGUGUUCUAUGUACAAAUAUUAACAUAAUAUGAAAAAAAUGUAAUGUGAAAAGUUUUUUAUGCUCAUGGAUAAAAAACUACAGAAGUAAAGUUUAUGGAGGAGAUCAAGUAUUAUAGUAUGGAUUUGUAACAUGUCCAUUGUUAUACGCUUUUAAUAGCUUCCAAUCGAAUUUAUUGCUGUUUAACAGUCUUAAUGCUUAAUAAUGUGGUUAUAGGUUAUGUAAAAAUCGUGUAUUUUAAUAAGUGUUGAAGUGAUAAUUAUUGUUCUGUAAAUAGUAAAAUGUAGUGCCUAUCUGUAUAUGAAACAAGGAAUAUUAACACCAAAAAUGUAGGAGUAAGGUAAAAUUGUUGCAGUAUUAAUAAUACAGUAAUAAUAUUAUAACAAAAUAUUAAAUAAUUUAUAUUUAUGUAAUAUUUUAUUCCUCAUUCAAUAAUGUUUAUAAAUACAGAUUUAAAAGGUUAUUUUACAUUUGAGAACAUGACUUUUUAUGUUUACAUUAUGUUUCCUUUUUUAUGUUAAACACUCACUCUAAAAAAUCUGUUUCUAAUAUAUCUAUAAAAUAUGAGUAAGACAAUUAAAUAUAUAAUGAUAAAUAAAUAGUUAUGGUAAUGAAGAAAAUAAUUGGCAAACUAAACAAUGAAGAUUGCUCUGAAAUAAUGAGAUUUUUAAAAUGUUUCCUUACUUUUCCUUUUUACAUUUAUUCCAUUUCACUGACUUCUUUCAUUAAAUAACAGGGUAGUAAUGAACUUUAUCAGUAAUAACAUUAAAACCCAUUCUUUUCAGGCCAACAGAGGCUACUUUUGGAAUCAGACGAUCAACUCAAUACUGUAUGAAUAAACAGGCUGUAGAACUAAAUCAAACUACAAGUUUUAAUGGAUAAUAUUUUGACAUUAUAAAAAAUUUUUUCUUAUGAAUUAUCACUUUGGAUAUGGGAGCCUUAAAUGAAUUAGGCUGUGAAUAUAAUUCGAUUUCUAUGGGACAGUAUCUCUUCUAUGUAAGGAAAAUACAACUAUAGAUUAAGCAUUAAGUGUGAUAUAUCAUGGUUAAUAUUAACAAAAUAUAAGUGGUAAGUCUGCAGACAUUAGCAAUGGUAAUAAAGAUUGUACUUGUAUUGCACUGUAGAUGUAUUCUGUGAGCAUUAACAGACUCACUAGUGCCUAACCAGGUUCACAUAGCAAAACCAUAGUGAAGUUUGUCAUGUAGAUAAUUACUUUCCUCUAGACUUUAUGACCAGCCUGUUUUAGGUGAUGCAUGAAUCCUACAGUAAAGUAAAUGAACAAAUAUUCUGAGUACAAGUAUACUACUACUUUUACAGAUUUCUAAAAUUUGAGAUAGUGUUUUUUGCCAGUAAAAUGAAGCAAGAGCAAUGUUUUUUUAUGAAUAAAUAACUAAUGUAUUUUUAUUCCCUUAAAGGCUUUUAAUGAGUUUUCUCAAGCACUGAAUAUUUAUUGAAAAAGUCACUGAUGAAUUAUCUUCUCAUGCAGCCAUGUCCUGAUGAACUUCCUUCAUUUAUAAGUGAUUGUCUACUUAGUGGCAAAAUGGUGAACUAAGUAUUAAUAGAUAGUUAGUUGCUAUGCCUCUAGACGGUGUGGUCAUGGUCUACUUCUGUUGAGCCUUUAUAGAUUUUAUUAUCCGAAGCUGACAUUACAAGAACAGUGUUCAUGAGAUGUUGGUUAAUGGCUUGCUUCAAAUUGUUUCACACUGAAAAAAAUGAAAAAGCAUUUUCUGGGUUUGUUAGUAUAUACUUUAUACAAUAUUUUGUAUAUGGUGUAUAUAAUUUGGUUCUUUAUAAUAUUUUGAAGGAAUAAUUGGCAUUAAUUGAGAAAACAAUGAAAAAAUAAAUAGGGUUUCCAAUGUACUUACUUAAAAUUUAGAUUUCCUUCCCCUCUUUUUUUCUUAAACAUGUAAUAAACAAAGCAAAAAUAUUACCACUUUUUUGUUAAUUUCUUUAAUUAAAACAAUUUGUUAAAGGAUUAACUAAGGCAUUCCGGAUUGGAGUAAUUAUGUUUUGUAUAAUAAUUUCCAUUUCAUAUUACAUAAUUUAUAUUACAUAUAAUACUCUAAUUAAAUAUUAUUUUGCUUGUUAGCAUCAACUGGACAGAAGUUUUACUUUGUAGUUGUGUUAGUUAUAAUCAGUAAGUCUAUAUUGUUUAUUGAUUUUAAGUUAGAAAGAAUACUAAUACCAUCUGUAAUGGAUAAUCAAUUAUAGCAGACAACAAAUACUGACCAUUGACCAGUCAGUGAGGUAAAUCUAUUACCUCUGAUUGGUCAGUUGGUUCCUUAUUCCUAAGAAACUACAUCAUUAGUUGCUGUAUCAAUUUUAAAGAUUUUUAAAUAUAAAUAUUUCAAUUCAAAAUAAAAGGUAAUGGCAAAUAAAAAACUGCAUUGUGAGCUUAAUUCCUUGAUUAGAAAGCAUUUUCUAAACGACAUAAACAAAUAUAUCUAAAUAAUCUCAAUCCAAUCUUAUCUAAGUAAUUUGUACUUAAUUUAACCAAUAGUAAAUUAAGCUGAGCAAUUAUUUACCUAUUGAAAAAUAUUUUAAGAACAAGUUUUGUACAAAUUUAUUUGUUACGUUUCUUUUUUUGGUUUUAUUACUUAUUUGUAAUGUAAGGCUAUUCUACACAACCCAAUAGCCAGAUAAGUUCUGUGAGAGGUUUAUUUUCAAAUUUACCUAGCACUUGCAUUGGUGCAGACUUUUAAGUCUGUGAGUUUAGUUUCAGUUACUCAGUUACAGGCCUAACGUAAACAUUAUAAUAUUAGUUUCUUGAAUUUAUGUAACGUGUAGAUGUUUUCUCGUUUGAUGUACUAUCAGUUUUUUUACACCUCUCAUUCAAUGUAUUUUCAAGUUCUUUGACCACUUCUGGAACAUAUAUGUUCUUCCUAUUCCCACUAAAAGGCAAUUUCUGCAAUAUUAUUGUUAAUUUAAAUGUCAACUUUACAUUAUUUGUGGUGAAUGAACUGACAAUUGGGUGCUAGUUAAAUCUAUCUAGCAGCUAUCCCAUUGUCAUUGCCCUAUCCUGUCAUUGUGCUUCCUAAAUUUACAAUUUUGUCAUAUUCUGUGUAUUGCAAGGUUUAUAUUUAUUAUUACAAAUGUCUUCAUGUAACAUUUAUCAUUAUUUACCCAAAGAAAACUUAAAGUUACUUACAUAUUUUUGCAAUUUUUAUAAGACUGGGUUUGCUGUAGUUACCUUAGCAGUUAGCUCUUCAAUUGAUCAAUAAUAGAUAUUUUUGUAUAAGUAAAUAAUAUAUUACUAUACUAAA